GCCUGACUGGCGGGGCCUCGGCUCCGGUUCGAACAGUGGCGGGCAGUGGAGAUGCGGUAUGGCGGGUCGGGGAUCUUUGCUCCGCCAGUGUCCGCUGCUGCUGCCUCAGAACCGCGAGGGGACGGCCUAUGAGGGCUUCGUCAGCGCGCAGACUUGCUGAGAGUGUACUGUCCCCUCAUCUGGGUCAAUAAGGAGGGUUUGGUAGUGUUGACCCCUGGUGUGUGCCUGUAGUCAACGGCUUCCAUCUGGACACUGUCAUGCUGAGCACAACCUUUAGAGCCUGGCACCUCUCUAACAGCUUUCAGUCCACCUCACUGAGAGGCUGUUGUGGAAAACAGUAUUGAAAGCCUUGCUGGCGUCAAGGGUAGAGACUUCCACAUCCGGAUACUGUUACCAACAGAUUCUCAACUGAAAAAUGCAAGAAAAACUUUUAUGUUGUUGGCACCAAACUUUAUGAUCCCUUCUCAAAAUCAUGUAGUAUGAAUUUAAAAUGAAUACAAAGUACUGUUUGUCCAGGAUAGAGUGUAGCUGGCACCUAAAGAAGAUACUGCAUGGAUAUCAGCAUAUUUUGAAACAGAGGUUGCACAGUUGUCCAGAUCUUGUCAGUUUUGUGGUGGAGCUGAAAACUAUUUUGGAAAUUGCUUUGAAGAAUACACAAGAGCUGCAUGUACCGUGGCCACCAGAAUACUACUCCUGUCUCAUCAGAGAUCUAGAAAUAUUGGGUUGGAAUAAAGUUGCUUAUGUGGAUACUGGUCUCACCACAGUCAAGCUAAAAGCUGAAGACUCUCGUGGUCGACAACAUCUGAUCACUCUGAAGUUAAAUGCAAAGUAUCCUACUGAACCACCAGACUGCGUUGUGGAUUUUCCUGUUCAGUUUGCCAUUUCUUGGAUGCCACAGGACUCAUUAAUAGACAUCCAUAAUCAGUUCUUGGCAGCGUUAGAAUCGCUGAAGGAGUUCUGGGACACCAUGGAUGAAAUUGAUGGGAAGACGUGGGUACUGGAGCCAGAAAAUCCCGCAAGGUGUGCUACUUCAAGAAGGAUCGCCAUAGGGAACAACGUUUCCGUGAACAUAGAGGUAGAUCCCAGGCAUCCAAAGAUGCUCCCUGAGUGUUACUUCCUUGGAGCAGAUCAUGCGGUUAACCCUUUGAGAACUAAGCUGAACAAUAACAUGCACUUGUGGGAUCCAGAAAUUAGUUUAUUACAAAACUUGAAAGACCUCUUAGAAAUUGAUUUUCCAUCUCGUGCUGCAUUAGAAAAAAGUGACUUUACUAAGGACUGUGGAAUCUGCUAUGCCUACCGCCUCAAUGGCACCACGCCAGAUCAAGUGUGCAAUGAGCCCCGAUGCGGACAACCUUUUCAUCAGGCUUGCCUGUAUGAGUGGCUACAAGGUCUUCCUUCCAGCAGACAGAGCUUUAAUGUCAUCUUUGGUGAAUGUCCAUAUUGCAACAAGCCACUGACAGUGAAAUCUUCCAUGAAGAAACCUUGAGAAAAGCACCAUGGUGGGAACGCUGAUGCACUUACACUGUGGACAAUGCGACAUCAAAGAAAAUACAAGGAAAGCAAUAUCAGAAACAGAAGUACAAGUAUAGCUAUACUGUAAUGGAAUCUUUCUUCAGUAAAUGCAAGCCUAAAUAUAGUGGAUACAGAAAGACCAGGUUCUUGCAAAGAUAGUGGGUGACCUGUAGUUAAAAGUUGAUCUGGUUUCUUUUUGGAUUCUGAGAGUGAUGCUUGGGGGUUGAGUGGUGGUAAUUCUCUUCCUGUGUCUUUCUGCAAAGGGAAAGAAAAAAACAAAAGAGUAAUAACCUUAAUAUUUACAUGAGUGAAAUUUGAAGCAUUUAAAAAAAAUCAACAAGCAGACAACAAGCAAAGGAAGAUAACAUCUACGUAUUAGAUUAGUUAUCUAAGAGAAAGCAACACAAUUCUGAACAAAUCUUAACUCCUGAAUUUGCAGAUGUUAAUAAGUGCAUAACUGCAGGUUUGAUUAAACACCCUUUAAAGAUUUUAUGUCUAUUCCUGAAGUGAACAGCUGAAAUUCUUCUCUACCUUUAACUAUUUUUGCCAAAUGUUAACAUAUUGAAGUCUUUACAGUAUUCUUGUGAAUAAAGCCUGGAAACCUAGAAAAUAA